AGCGAUGUCAGAAAGCGUAGCCAUUUUAGAAAAUCAAAACAGAGUGAAAAUUUCGGUGCAUCCGAAGGCGGUGCGGAAAAAGUGAUUUUUCGUGCGUGAAUAAAGUGUAAAACCAAUUGUAAAAUGUUUUAAUCGAAUGGAAAUCUACCGCUGGAGCAGGCAUCAUGUGGUUACGCAGCGAAACCCGGGAUCGGAGGCUGCGUUCGAGCAGUUCUCGAAUAACCGUCAAAAAUAAAAGGCAUGUCAAGUCACAGCAAAAAUUCAAACGAAGUCCCACGGAGGUGGUUGGAUCGCGCCGGACUACGCACUUACAGCUACCGACGGCCGUGGUCGGAAGCCGGUGCCGAAACCCGGCGGUUGGCAGUGCCACCAUUGGGGCCACCACACGUACUUUAACGCGUUCCGGCAAUCGGGUUAGCCCGAAGCGCACACUGAAAGCAGCUCGGCGGAUCCUCGGCAAAUCGACGACGUUGAGUGGACCCGAAGAGGCGAUCUCGGAGGAUUGCAAGGAAAACUGCUGGCAAGAUAGCAAUGAUCUCACCCUGUUCGAUUCCACCGUCAGUCUUAAGAAUCAGUAUGAAAGCACUAAUUUAUACUCGAAGAAGAGUGAUGAAAUCGGUUCGCCCGACGAUUGUAUCAAUCAAUUUGGAGUUAUAAGCUUUGAUUCGGGUAAACCGUCAACAAUUACUCAAUCGCAAUCAAUGGAACAACUCAAAUCCAAAUGCAUCACCGAAUGUGACAGUACAACUGAAAUAGGCUGCGAUGUAAGUUACCCAUCGACCUCGGGAUCCAGCGGAAAGCGUCUCAAGAGCCCGCUUGAGAUUGUUCCGCCCUCAACUUUGCAGGACAUUGUUGUUCCAGAGGUUGACUCUACAACAGAUACGAUUCCAGACACCACCAAUGAUUUAGCAACGGUGGCCUCAAAUAUUAUUUCUGCAUUUCCAUCUUCAGCAUCUUCGUUGUCUUCGACGUCGUCGUCUUCAUCAUCAUCCUCGUCAUCUUCCUCGUUGUCCUCCACUUUCCAGCCAACAGGCUACAGCAGCUGCUCAUCCGUAUCCGGGGCGGACGAUCAACCAGCCUCCAGUAGUUACAUGCGGAACGCUGCCGCUACGGAUUUGAUCUCUAUGUUCGAUGACGAACACUACAGAAACUCAGUCGAACUUUGUCAGUACACUGAUGUCCUGCCGUACAGUGCGUUAUUUACUCAAGCAUUGUUGAGCUGCGGCGAUAUUUCUAGCCUCAAUAUCAACUGCAACCGGGUGCUUUCUGAUAAUAUGUCAACCGGGAUGAACGACUCUGGGCUCCUCUUUUCGAUAAAGCCGACGGCAAUCGAGAACUUGAAAGCGUUGACCAAUUUCCAAAGCAUGAACGCUUCCGACGAUGGCGGGCCCAGCUCUAGUGGUGCUUAUCUGACGGAGAUCGGUGUUCGCAUGAACGACUCGUCGUCUGGUGGCCAACACGUGGAUGGACAAGUGGGAAACGAAUCCCUGAUUCACAACAUCGAGUGCAACGAAACAAUUCCAAUGUGUGGCGAUGAUUGUGAAAAUGGGAUGCAGCUUGAAUCCGACGAAUGCAUGGAGAUCGAGGAGCCCAACGACAAUCAGCAUGAGCAUGUCACACUGGAAGCUUUCGAUCCGUAUGUGUUCAUAAAGCAUCUACCGCCGUUGACGUGCGAGAUGCGUUCCAAGUGUCCCGCGCUGCCAUUGAAGACACGCUCCAGUCCGGAGUUUAGUCUAGUGCUUGAUCUCGACGAAACGCUGGUGCAUUGCAGCUUGCAGGAGCUGUCGGAUGCCAGUUUCAAGUUUCCGGUGCUAUUCCAGGAGUGCAAAUACACGGUUUUCGUGCGGACGCGGCCUUUCUUCCGCGAGUUUCUCGAGAAGGUUUCGCAGAUAUUCGAAGUUAUCCUGUUUACUGCCUCCAAGCGGGUUUAUGCGGAUAAGUUGCUAAAUUUGUUGGAUCCCGAACGACGGCUUAUUAAAUAUCGCUUAUUUCGGGAGCAUUGUGUACUAGUCAAUGGCAACUAUAUCAAAGACUUGACCAUACUAGGGCGAGAUCUGUCCAAGACGAUCAUUAUUGACAAUUCUCCACAGGCAUUCGGAUAUCAACUUGAGAAUGGUAUUCCGAUUGAGAGCUGGUUUAUGGAUCAAACCGACACGGAGUUGAUGAAGAUUUUGCCCUUCUUGGAACGGCUGGCAGAAAUGCACUCUUGUGGAAUCUGUUACGAAGUUGAACAAUUCAGUGUAUACUGAGGAGGAAAUCAUAUGCUGGGAAAACGAUUGGAGAGAAGAUGUUCGUCCUCAUAUCCGUGAAAAGUAUCGCCUGUUCUCGUACUUACCACCGGACUAAGUUUGUCACAGUUUGGUCAAACAACCUCAGAUACUUGGAUAGCUAACCUGAUUGUGCAUCUCCCUAGGCAAGUCGUUUCUAUUGUUUUCCCUACACCGCUACGAAGUGUAGGCAGUAAAUUGAAAUCUUAACAUAAGAAAAUCGACUAGAUAAACAAAAGAUUAACCUAAAACCAUAAACACAAACACACAUACAUUUAGAAAAAAAAGAUACAGCAGCAAACUGCAUAAACAUAUAACUUAAACAAAUUUCGAUUAACACCCACAUCCACACAUAGAAUACAUUUUCUAGAAAUUUAGGUCUAGAUGUUGCAAAAUCAAGAAAUCACAAGUAUAACAGAUAACCGUACAGUACAGAAAUAAUUUUUAAGCGUAAUAAUAAUUGAAAAGAACAGAUCGAACAAAUUAGAGUUUUUUCUGACCCAAUUGUGACAGUUACUGUUUUUCACUUAGUUUACAGUGGGUUUAAAAUCUUUGAGAGAAGGAAAAACACAGCAUAAAAAAUGGUAAGUUGACUAUUAAAAGAAAGCAAGAAACAACGUUAGCGUAGAAUGCAAUAUGAUACAAGUAAUAAUAAAAAAUAAAAUAUUUAACUAGAAUCGUAGAGAUGAAAUUUGCAAAAUAAGCAAAAAAGAAUAACAGAAGUAAAAUAUGCAUUGUUUUACACUGAAUUCUUGAAAGAUUAAGUUGUGAGCAUAUAUCAUUGUUUAUAUUGACUUAUACAAAGUGAACAUUAUUGUUAUAAAUAAUUUGAUAUUAUUUUUAUUUAUUAAAUAAUUGUGUGUAUCAUUGCUGUAUGAUGUGAUUAUUUUAAGAUGAUCAAAUUAUAUAUCGUUGUAUUGUGUACAGAAAAACAUGAGCAUUGAAUCUUGGAUCAAAACAUAUUUUUCAAAAAUUACCUUCUUAGGUAACCAUUGCUUGAAUAAUGGAAAAAAAGAAUGUCCAUUUCCUGUGACUCGGUUCGUCAAGUUCCUUCCAAUUCCAAAAAAGAGCUUAACACGCUUUCUCGUUUUAACUAUUGUUCCACACGCUGAGUUCCUCUUUUUGGUGGUCUGCCAUUAGUAAUAAUCGUCGUCAUUGAAAAUUUACAGCAUCCCACAUGACAAUCGUACACACAAACACCGUUAAUAAUAAAAAAAAAUGGUGGUUUCCGUAGACGGAUAUUAUCCACCAUCGUUUCCAAGCGUACCCAGGUGUGACGGAAUACUGAAGCCAACCAAACAUUUCUUGGAAACAAGGACCAUUGUUUUUUGAAAAUUGUGGAAAUCGUGUGCCUCAAAGGCAGUUUUUAAACGAAUACAAGCCUCUUUUAUUCCCUGAUAAUUGCUUGGAACAGUUUUGACAGGAAUUCCAACACAUGGAAAUACAUUAUGAAAAUGUCAUCAACAGA